UCUCCGUCCGUCCUUCAGCAUGAAAGCUUUCAGUCCUGUGAGAUCUGUCAGGAAAAACAGCCUCUCGGAGCACAACCUAGGCAUAUCCCGGAGCAAAACCCCCGUGGAUGAUCCUAUGAGUCUGCUGUACAACAUGAAUGACUGCUACUCCAAACUGAAAGAGCUAGUGCCCAGCAUCCCUCAGAACAAGAAAGUGAGCAAGAUGGAAAUCCUGCAGCACGUUAUCGACUACAUUCUGGACCUGCAGAUCGCCUUAGAUUCACAUCCCAGUAUUGUCAGUCUGCAUCACCAGAGACCCGGACAAAAUCCUUCUUCCAGAACUCCUCUGACCACCUUAAACACAGACAUCAGCAUCCUGUCGUUACAGGCAUCUGAAUUCCCCUCAGAACUAAUGUCAAAUGACAGCAAAGCACUUUGUGGCUAAAUCAAACGGUGUUCCACUGAUGAGAUUUUUUUUUUUUUUUUGCACAAGAAGAUGUCUACAGGAUUUUUUUUUUUUUUGAGGUGCUGAAUUUAUUUUUCAGCUGUAUCUGGAGGGGGAAUCCACAUCUAACUGUAAAAGGACCUUUUAAAAUUAAUAAAGAAGAAAAAUCAAGAUUGAUCUUUAUCCCCACCCCAUUCUUCAACUUGGACUGAACCUAGUUAUUUAUGAAGAGACUCUUAAAUACCCUUUCCCUAGUUGGAAGGCUUCCUUUAUAUACUAUUCCCAACGUGGGGAGCGAAACAAAAUCUCACGAGGAGUUGCCCCUUUUAAGCAGACUUUGCCUUUUUUUUCCAAAGGUGGAGCGUGAGUACCAGAAGGAUCCAGUGUUCAGUUUUUUAGGAAAGUCUACGGUCAGAAAUUACCUUUUUUGACACAAACCUAGGACUGAAUGCUGUGUAUAUAUUUAUAUAUAAAUAUAUAUAUAUGAGUGAAACCUUGUGAACUCUUUAAUUAGAGUUUUCUUGUAUAGUGGCAGAAAUGUAAAUUUCUGCAAAAAGUGUAAUGAUGUACUUAAUCAUGCUAAACUUUUUAUAAAAGUUUAGUUGUAAACUUAACCCUUUUUAUACAAAAUAAAUCAAGUGUGUUUAUUGAACUGAUUGCUUGCUUUUAUUCUUUGGGGACCAGCGGUUUGUGGCUUUGAUUUGUUUUUUAAAUACUUAUACAUUCUGUUAUGAUUUUACUGAGUAAAAGUUCAAGUAUGUAGAGAACAUAAAGAAUAAAAUUACCUAUAGUGAA